AUGGAGGAUUUAAAAUCCCCCAUCAGUGAACCUUCUGACGAUGUUGUUGUGCCUCGCGAGCCGCAAUUUGAGAUCAAGUGGAAAGAUGCCGACCCCGAAAACCCCCGAAAUUGGUCGGUUUGGUACAGAAGCUUCAUCGUGGCUGCAAUAUCAUUUUCAACUAGCGUCGUGGUAAUAUAUACCACCAUGUAUACAUCGGGACUUGAGGGUAUCCAAAAGACGUUCAAUAUUUCGUCUGAGAUAAUUGUUCUUCUCGGCUUGACAACGAAUCUCUUUGGUCUUGCUAUCGGGUGUGUGAUUCUGUCGUCGCUCUCUGAAAUCUAUGGUCGGCGGUAUGUCUAUCUCGUAUCGGCGACACUUUUUGGCCUAAUGGUUCUGCCUGUGGCUCUCGCAAAGAAUAUCGAGACAAUUCUCAUCUGCAGGUUCUUCGCGGGCUUUUUUGGAGGUGCUUGGAUUGCAGUUGCACCGGGUAGUGUCACUGAUGUUGCAGAUGAUCAGUAUCGAGCUUUGGCUAUAAGCUGCUGGAGCCUGGGAACAAUGAAUGGUCCCGUCAUGGGUCCUAUAAUAGGUGGUUUUGUGUAUCAGUACCUCGACUGGCGGUGGAUAAACUGGGUGGCCUUGAUAUGCUCUGGGAUAUCCUUGGCCCUCAUGUUCUUAGUCAAAGAAACAUACGCACCAGCCUUAUUACGGGCGCGAACCCUGAAAAAGAAAAAAGAAACCGGAGAUCAACGAUGGUGGUGUGCUUAUGAUCAUGAGCAGACGGGUCUCCAGAUUUUGAAAACGAAUAUGAUUAGGCCACUGCGCAUGACUGUCACUGAACCAAUUUGUGUGUUCUGGAACCUAUACGUUGGUAUUGUCUACGCAGUGCUCUUUUUGUGCUUCGUGGCCUACCCUAUAGUAUUUCAAGAGCUUCGAGGGUGGUCUCCCGGUCUUACUGGUCUCAGCUAUUGCGGCAUCGGAACAGGUACCACUAUUGCAGUAGUUCUAGAGCCAUUCAUCAGAAAGAUUAUCUAUAUGCAUCCUAAAGAUCCUACAACGGGUCGCCCUUUUCCGGAAGCUGCCGUCUUCGCCGUGUGUUGUGGCAGUAUCAUGAUACCCAUUGGUGAAUUUUGGUUUUCAUGGACUGCACGUCCAUCAGUUCACUGGAUCUCACCAAUCCUCGCUGGCCUCCCGUUUGGUUUUGGAAAUGGAUUGGUGUUCAUCUAUUCGAUUAAUUAUUUGGCUGGGAGCUACACGGUCUACGCAGCCUCGUCCCUUGCGAGUGUCUCAAUUAUUCGGUAUGGUCUUGCCGGCGUUCUGCCUCUUGCUGGGAACAAGAUGUAUCGCACAAUGGGAGCUGAUUGGGCCGGAACUAUGCUAGCUCUUAUUGAGGUGGUGUUGAUCCCAAUCCCAUUCAUCUUCUACAAAUAUGGUCACAAGAUCAGAAUGCGGAGCCCUAUGAUUGUGAAAGGCACAAGGUAG